AUGUCUGCUCUUGUUGCCAAUCUCCGCAGGAAGGACAUCGGUGCCAUCGGCGACGGUCGGAGGGCCGGCCAUGAAGGGUUCGAGCACAACCACGUAGAACAACUUUUGCGCGCUCUCAACCUGAGCUCCCCGGGUCCAUUCGCUGGACAGCGUUCUCAACAUGUUAAUUUGGACGCUUUCACCGGUCAUUCCGGUACUCCGGAUGUGUCUCCCUGCUCCACCACGUCCACCCUUUUGACGCCAGCGGACCUCUCCCCUGCGAAGAGCUUCGAUCCCAAGCUGUCCUUGAACGAUAUGCAUCCUCACAAUCUCAACUUUGCUCCCUCUUCCUUGCUCUUUGACCCGCCUUCCCCUAUGGGAGCUCAUGACCUCAGAUCGUCGCCUCAAAGCGCCAUGCAACGUUUCGACGGAGGCCCGUCUCCCAAUACCGGAUUCCCAUUCGUCGACCAGCUUACCGACAACGUUUCUAUGCAUGCCUCUUCCCAGCCUUUUUACGAAAGCAGCUUUCCGCCUUCCACACGGGGUUCCGAGCUUCCCCGUAUGCCCUCCACCACUUGGCGCCAUCAACAACUCUCCGCGCCGGACUGGGCCCGAGCUGAAGAGAAGUUUGGCACAGAUACUUCGGGCCUGGGAAUCACGGAUGACUUUCUGAGGUCAUCGCCUCCUCGCAUGCCUUUCCACACGCUCACUAAUUUCUACCCACAGCCAAUCAACUUUUUGUCGCUCCUUCACCCCUCCUCGUCCCCUCCGUACCAUGUCUUUGUGGCACGAAUCAUCAAGUCCUCCGACCAGCAAGCGUCUAUCUUCUUGCAGCAGAAGCUCAAGGUUGCCGACGUCGAAGAACGUCACAAGAUCGUCGACGCAAUCUGUGCGCGCGGAUUUGAGAUGAUGUCUCAUAGGUUCGGCAACUGGGCUGUUCAGAGAUGUCUCGAGGCUGCUGCUACAGCAGAGGAGAGACGGAAAAUAGUUGCUUGUAUGCGAGGCAGGGUUGUCGAUCUCGCCACCAACUGUUACGGCUGUCAUGUCCUCCAAAAGGCUUUAGACUGCGAAGAAGAUAUCAGGCUACUAAUUGUCUCUGAGCUUCUCCUCGGCGAUCCGGCUCUGACGCUCGUCAACAAACAUGCCUCACACGUAUGGAGCAAGAUCAUGGAACUUACCUGGACUCCGCCUGCGCCCCCCAUUUUUUCUUUCGUGAAUAAAUCUCUGAAGGGUAAAUGGGCGUCCUUAGCUUGCCACGAAACCGGCUCGCUUGUUGUUCAGCAUGCGUUUGAGAACCUAGAGGAGUCAGCGAAGGACGGUAUAAUCGACGAACUGCUCAACCAGGGCUCCGCGAUUUUUAACGAGAUUGCAAAGAACCAGUGGGGCUCUUACUGCAUUCAGCACAUUCUCGAGCACGGGUCACCGAAUCAUCGCCAGAUGACCCUCGAUCAUCUCGUUGCGGACUUGCUAGACUACGCAACUAAUGAGCAAGGUUAUAAGUCCGUCAACAAGGCUUUGAAGGAAGGAGGAAAGGAAACCUUCGACAAAAUCGUGAAUAGGAUGUGCGAGCCUGCGAAAGGCGGCCGGCGUGCAAUGAUUGUUGAUCUCGCUUUGUCCGUGACCGGUAGUCAGCUCAUAGCGAGCACCCUUCCACAAGCCGACAAAGAUCAAAGAACUGUUCUAUACGAGUGUAUUAGAGGCCACAUCGUAACGCUGCGCGGCUGCAAGACGGGUUCAAAAGUCAUAUGGCUCUUGUAA